AGCCACCACCUACACUCUUCCCUCAUUAUAACUCUUCACUUCAUCACCUUAAUUCUCACCAUAUAACCACCUCCAAAAACUCUCCCAUUCUUCACCUCCACCGCCGCCGCCGCCCUCCACCGCCACCCGCCACCAUGAUAACCCCAGUCAUGGAUUUCAUUUUCCAAGCUUUGAAGUAUCUUAUAGUAAACCAUCUAAGCAACAAACCAGGAUUCCCAACACUUGAAUAUUAUCUAGUUCAUCACCCAACUAUUCAAAACUUUGCAUGGAAACAAAAUCAUACCCCAGCUUCAUCUCCUCUUUUCCUCUCUUUAUCCAUCACCGCUUAUUUAUCGUCCGUUUUUCUCCUCUCUCGGUCCUCCUCGUCGCCCUCCGUAAACCCUAAUCUCCUAAAAAAACUUACUAUUCUCCAUAACAUGAUCCUUCUUUCUAUUUCUUUCACCAUGGCUCUUGGUUGUACUCUCUCAGUUCUUCUCAUUCUACCCAAUGUUUACCACCUUGUUUGCUUCCCUAAACAAACCCUACCUUCUGGUCCACUCUUUUUCUGGGCUUACAUGUUUUAUCUCUCAAAAAUUUACGAAUUCAUGGAUACCCUUUUGAUUAUAAUCAGCAAAUCUAGAAAAAGAUUGACAUUUCUUCAUGUUUAUCAUCAUGCUACAGUUCCUAUUAUGUGUUAUAUCUCAUUACACACUUCACAGUCUAUGUUCCCUGGUGUUCUUGUCACUAAUGCUGUUGUUCAUGUCAUAAUGUAUUUUUACUAUCUUCUUUGUACAUUUGGGAUAAGGCCAAAGUGGAAAAAAUUGGUGACAGAUUGUCAGAUUGUGCAAUUUUAUUCAAGUUUUGCGAUCAUGGGUUGGAUUUUCUACUACCAUUUUACUGGUUCAGGUUGCUCUGGGAUCUUGGGUUGGUACUUUGAUGCUGUUUUUAUUGCUUCUCUUUUGGUUUUGUUCCUUGACUUUCACUCCAAGAAUUACUCCAAGAAGAACAUCAAGGAAAAUUAGGGUUUGGAAAAAUAAUUGUUUAUUUUUUUAUUUUUCUACAUUUAUUUUAAAAUAUACGGCCAUUCGUGAUUUUGUCUGACCGUAUAUUAGUCUUUUUAUUUAUUUUUUAUUACAAUGAAGAAGGAAAAAUUGAAACUAAAACUCGAAUAGAGAAUUAUUUCUUCUCUUUCUUUUUAUCAUCAUUUGUCUCAAUCAUCUCUUUAUUUUCUGAUAAACUAAUUUGAUGUGCAUGUUGACAUGGUAUAAAUGAGCAUAUUUGAAUUGUCAAUUUCAAAUUUAAUUAUAUUAUAUUAUAUUAAUUUAUGUACUCAUUUGCACAUGUGAUUGAGGACAACAAAUUAGUAUAUAUCUUAAUUUGAAAUCUAAUUCUUCUCCUUUAUUUUGUCAUUUUUUGUGUUAGAGAUCAGUAAUUCAAUGCAAGAGUGAGAAGUGUUGAAUUUGUGGGGAUAUAUGUGGGUGACAGUUACAUUUUAUGAACACUAGAUUUUCAAAUGUUAGUUCUAUUUUUAAUUACCUUUUGUUUGUAGUA